UGUAGCGAGGGACAGAAAGAUAGAGAAGCAGAAGAGAGGGAUGUAGAAAAGAGGCACAAGGGAGGAGAAGAAAUGGAGAGAGGAAGGAGAGGAAGGAGAAGUGGUAGAGAAGAAGUGAUAGUGAAGUCAGAGGGAGGUGCCAACGGGCAAUCGACAGAGGAAAGGGAGUUGGAGUGAUAUAAUGAUAGAAAGAAAGAAAGAAAGAAAAGAGAGGAGAAAUUAGAGAGAAUCAGAGGGAGGAGAGUAGGUCAGAGGGAGGUGGAAGAGGUCAUUCACGCUUCACUUGCAAAAGCAUUUAGAGCAAUUUACCAAGAAGACAUUUGAACACACACUCUCUCUCUGUCUCUCUCUCCCUCUCUCUCAUGGACAGACAAACACAGGUAGGCUGCAGCCACAUCUAGCCUGUGGUAGGGGCCCUAGGCUGCAGCCAUAUCUAGCCUGUGUGGGGGCCCUAUAGGCUGCAGCCACAUCUAGCCUGUGGUGGGGGCCACAUAUCUACUGUAUGUUAUUCUGGCCCUGACAGUACACCAAGCUGCAGGGAAGAAACAGAAAGGAAACACACCCCACCGCUACAUAGUUCACAACACGCCCACACACGCACACAUGCAAACAGAAACUGAAACAGACUACACAGUUCACAACACGCCAGGACAACACCAUAACUUUUCACAAGUCCUGUAACCUAAACCUGGUUAACUGUAGAUCACAUGCAUGUGUGUGUGAGAGAGAGCUGCCUGUAACACGAUAAAUCCCUCUGACCACAACAGAAGGGCUGAGAGUGGAGACACUUCAGCAGAUCCUCAACAGAUCUUCAGUAGGAGUGUUUAUAGCCAUAAGAGCAGAGAUGAAUCUCACUGAUGUCGAAUUUCAUCUGGACUUUUACGAUGAUUACACUUUCAAUGAUUCAAAUUAUGAGAACGGUGGCAGUUACGAUGGGGAUUCUCCAUCACUGCCGUCAGUGUCGUGUGAUAUUGACAGCUUCCGCAACUGGGAGAAUACACUCCAGCUGUAUAUGUACUCCCUCGUCUGUGCUGUUGGCCUCGUGGGCAAUACCGUGGUGAUCCUCAGCUCUGCGUGCCGCUGGAGGAAAUCGGGCAUGACCAUGACUGACGUGUACUUGAUAAACAUGGCAGUGGCGGACCUGGUGUUUGCGAUGGCUCUUCCAGUGACCAUCUUCUAUGAGCGUAACGGCUGGCCUGUUAUGGGUGUCGCAGCCUGCAAGUGUGCGAGGGGAGCCUACAGCAUCAAACUGCACUGCAGCGCACUGCUCCUGGCUUUCCUCAGUAGAGACAGAUACACAGCCAUUGUAAAGAGCAAGGACAGGCACAGGGCACAGCCAAGGGAGAUCUGCUCCAUGGCAUCCUGGGUGGGCCACCUGCUUGUCUCCCUCGCCAUCUGGUCCCUGGCUGUCGUCCUGUCCGUGCCGACAUUCCUCUACACCCGGCUAAAGCAGAGCAAUCUGGACCAUGACUUGCACCAGAGCAUUGCUGAGUAUAAUGACUUGACAGUGCCAGCCAAGUGUGUGUUCAACUUUAAGGACGGUCCCCUCAACAUGGCGAUCCUGGUCCCUGUGCAGAUCUUCGUGGGGUUCUUCCUGCCGCUGCUGGUCGCCGGGUUUCGCUGCGUGUGCAUCACGGUCACGUUGCUCCGCACCAAGGCCUUGUGGCGGCACGAGUCCGUGUGCGUGGUGCUAACCGUGGUCUUUGCCAUGUGUCACCUGCCCUACAACGGAGCGCUGCUCUACCAAGUAACCAAUGGGAAAACACAGAUGUCCUGCCAGGCGGAGAUGACGUUGGAGACGGUGAUGGUGGUGACGCGAGGUGUGGCCUACGUACACAGCUGCCUCUACCCCCUCCUCUACGCCCUCACCAUGGGCGUGUUCAGAUGCUGUGUACAGCGGGGGGCGAAAACCAACCGGAGACCUGCUUCACAACAGGCGUCGGACCUCUUCCCAGCACAGACCCAGUCAAAGGAGACAGAGGUGCCAGAUGAAAACCCUACUACUACUCUGUGUUAGGCAGAUGAGAGUAUACUUCACUGUUAGGUAUGCCGUACCUCAGAAGAGAACACAUCACGUUUCACUGUGAGGUACUACCUCAGGAGAGAGCACAUCAUCUUCCAUUUUUAGUGCUACUCUACCGC